AAAAAAGAAAAGAAAAGGGGGUGGCUUUUUGGGGUCCCCCCCCCAAAAAAGCGCCCCAAUCUCCAAUCCAGGAGUUUGCAUCCUUUAAGGAAAGCUGCUGCAAGCUUUUGACCCCCCCCAAAAAAUGUCCCAGUGACUUUGCUUUCAAAACUGGCUUUUUUUUUUUUUCUUCUCUCCGUUUUCUAUUCUUUUUGGCAAAAGGGCAGAGGGAGCGGCAGUCCCCAAUCAGCUUGGUAAAUGAGUAUGGAAGAUUAUGACUUUCUCUUCAAAAUAGUUUUAAUCGGGAACGCUGGUGUGGGGAAGACCUGCUUAGUGCGACGAUUCACACAGGGACUUUUCCCACCAGGCCAAGGAGCCACCAUUGGGGUUGACUUUAUGAUUAAGACGGUGGAGAUAAAUGGUGAGAAAGUAAAGCUGCAGAUUUGGGACACAGCGGGACAAGAAAGAUUUCGUUCCAUUACGCAGAGCUAUUAUCGCAGUGCCAACGCGUUAAUCCUGACCUAUGACAUCACCUGUGAAGAGUCCUUCCGAUGCCUCUCCGAAUGGCUACGGGAAAUUGAGCAAUAUGCCAGCAAUAAGGUCAUCACCGUCCUAGUUGGAAACAAGAUUGAUUUAUCCGAUAAGCGUGAAGUCUCCCAACAAAGAGCCGAAGAGUUUUCCCGAGCCCAGGAUAUGUACUAUCUGGAGACGUCAGCAAAAGAAUCUGAUAACGUGGAAAAACUCUUUUUGGACUUGGCUUGUCGGCUGAUCAGCGAAGCGAGGCAGAACACCUUGCUGAACAAUGUGGAGUCUCCCUUGCCGGGCGAAGGGAAAAAUAUCAGUUAUUUGACUUGUUGCAAUUUUAACUGAUCGCCUUUGAACCUCAAAGAGUUAUUAUGACUGCUCCUUCUACAGGCCUCUCUCUAGAGGCAAAGGCUGCUAUGACCCGGUCUGACUGAUGGCGAUAGUCAGACACUCGAUCAUGAAGCAUGCCAGGCUGACCAUUUGUCUGCAGAGUCAGCCUAGAAUAUAAUCGUGUUUUUUUUUUUCCUUUUUAACAUGUGCCACCCCAGAGCCCCAAAAUUUGGAGGAGAUUUAAGAUUCAAAAAAAGGUGCUAGGUAGCAGCUGGUCAGGUCAUGGUUUUCACUUCUUUAGAAGCAUCUGGGAUCCUUUCGCUUGGAAAUUCAGGAUGAAUCGUGCCUGCCUUUUUUUUACAUCUUUACAGAAGGAAACCGAGAGGCACGGUAGAAAAUGGCUGUGGGUUGCCAGCAUAAGUUGACAACGCUUGUAUAUAAACCAGGACCCAGAGUGCCAUUUUGUUACGGCACAAACUUCACCGAGUGUGCGUGUCACGUGCAUAUGUAAUUAAAAAAAAAAACCCUAAGUAUUAACGCAUCUGUGUUCUGGGAUUUUGAGAAACAUGGAAGUUAAAAAGGGAUCAGUUGGUCGUUUGCAAUCAGGAGGUCUUGAGGUUGGGACCCUUUUGGUUCUUCUUUCUAUUCCCGAAGCGAAAUUUCCUCUGUGGUCAGCUUACUCUCUUCUCCACAGUCAGGAGGUGUGGAAAGGUGUUGAUCGUAAAUACAGCAGCCUGUUUGUUAGUUCAUGCCCACGUGGCACGGCUCGUUCUGGAUACAGAGACCAAUGAUAUGAAUUCAAAAGUUGACCACUAGUUAUCCCUGCACUUCUGAUCAAGUAAGCGUUCCAAAACUUUUGUCUCUUCAAAUCAGCAUUUGUUUUACCGUUUUUGCCAUUGGGUGGGGCUUCCAAAAACUCACUUUUGUUGCUUGCGGAAAAGAGGUGGUGAAGUAUUGUUCAUACCGCUCCACUGAUCUUGGGUUUAGCCAAAAUAGCUUCUUUGGUGAGAAAUUGCCGGAUCCUGGAAGUCUGGCUUUCAGAUGUUGUUUGAGAGAGAAUGCUGCAGCUCUGAGGCUGGAGGCUACACUGAUGCACAAAUGUCAUAUUUGGGGUGUGCUCUAUUGUUGAUGCCUUUGAGGAAUGGGGCAUGGAUGUCCCUCUUGAAAUGAGCUGUUGAACGUUAACAGAUCUCAUGGCUGAAUUCUGCUUUUAAUUAAAACACUAGCACCAGCUCUGGAAUUUGCUGUCUUAUUGGAAAAGGCGUGUACAGUUUCAAAAGGUUUUUUUAAAAUACGGUUGAGGGAGAAAAAAAUAGCACGUUCUAAAUCUUUUAAGAUGGCUUUAUUGAGUCUGCGAUCAUCUUGCAGAAUACGUAACUCUGCAAAGCAAUUUCAAAAGGCAGAAACGCAAGCCCACUUCCCACAGUCAGUUGGAGAUAUUCGUUUUGUUUGCUGUACUUGGGCUCAAUUGUGCGUAGGUGUGCGUGCGCCUGUGCGCGUACGCUGAAGAACGGUGUGCAGGCAAUACCCUUGAACCAGAGCCUCGGUGCUGGAAGGACGAUAUACACAAAAGUCUCACCGUACGAGUUUGCAAAUUCAGCACUUUGAACGUCGAAUUGCAAGGAGUCAACGCAAAUUUCCUUAUCGGUGCUUCACUUGUAUACCUUUGAAGAGAGACAGACAAACUGGUCUGGAAGGCAAUGGACUCACAACAGGUUAUUAAGAUAUUAGCAUUACAUGGCCGGCUGUUCCGUAUUUAGCAUCACUUCAUUUGGGUAAUUGGAAGAAGCAAAUAAGGACUUUGGUAUGGCAUUCAAUGAAGAGGUGGUUCUAUCCAAUGGGCGCAUCAGCCUCCAGUAAAAGCAGUGGUAUUGUCAAUUCAAGAGAGCCGGUUAUUACAGGAUGUUUUGGGGGGAUAGAGUUGUGCUCAAACUAUGACCGAUGUCCCCUUUUGCAUUAAAAUAAAGCUGCUAAAAUUUUAGCCUUUUUGAGAAUAAAGCUGACAUUUUAAAAGUG